AUGACUGUGCAACCGCCGCUGCUACCAAAGUCCGAGCCAGUCGGGGACCGGCUAGUGUGGUACCUAGCCUAUGGAUCUAAUCUCUCGGCCAAAACCUUCCGUGAAGAUCGAGGGAUGACACCACGGGCGGCUGUUGCCGUAAAGGUACGCGGAUGGCGCUUGGCCAUGUCGAGCGCAGGCUUCCCGUAUCGCGAGCCAUGCUAUGCAUCCAUCGUCGAAUACAGACCGGAGAAGGAGAAGGAGGACCAGGAUGACGAGCUCUGUGGCACAGCGUAUCUGAUUACCUGGGCACAGUGGAUUGAGAUCAUCGGUUCUGAAGGAGGCGGUAUUGCCUACGACGAGGCUCUGGUGGGAGCACAGCCAAUCCAUGCACCAGACCGCCAGCGUUGGGGCACCGAAAUACGUGUCUUUACGCUUGUGAGCACCAUGGAACGGUGGCCGGAAGCGCGGCCGAGCGAGCGGUAUCUCGGCCUCAUUGUCGACGGUGCCCAGGCCGCGCAGUUUCCACCCACUUACAUCGCGCAUAUCCGCCAAAAGUAUCCCUGCUAUCAGCCGCCCUCGAGUGCGUGGGCGCGCAUGGGUGCAUCCAUUUUUCUUGCCUUCUGGACCCCGAUCAUGGCCCUGCUCAGCACUCUCACCCAUUCCACCACUCGCGUCGGGCCGGGCAACGACGGCCAUGUCCCCCCCAGCGUGCGAGCCCUGGUCCGCUUCGCCAUGUUUAGCAUGUGGUGGAUUCACGAUGUGAUAUGGGCAGGACUCUGGGGCCGUGGGGACGGCUUAGACCUGAGUUCGCUGCGUUGA